AUGUCUAAUAGUCUGAAGAGAUCGUCGUAUGAGAGGAUGGAAGACAUGGGAAGUCCGGCCAAACGGUCGUCCAAUUGGUCUGAAAGUGUGGAGCCGUCGGAUUCGGACGCUUCCAAUCGGAUGCGAGUGUUUGUGAGGGUUCGGCCGCUCAAUGACAACGACAACACCAACGCCUCCAAGAAGUCGAUUGAUGUGAUCGACUCUCAACUGCUUGUCUUCGAUCCCAUAGAGUUGGACGACAAUCAGACCACUGAUGAUCAGUACGUAUAUCACGGGAAGCGGUACCGAGAGAUCGGUCGGCGACCCAAUAAGAACCUGCAGUUUGUGUUCGACCGCGUGUUCGGCGAAGACAUGGAAAACAUUCAGAUCUACGAACAGUCGACCAAAAAGUUUGUCCAAUCGCUGCUCAAUGGCUACAACUGCGCGGUCUUCGCAUACGGAGCCACCGGUUCGGGAAAGACUCACACAAUGCUCGGCUCUCAAGACGAUCCCGGAGUCAUAUUCUUCACAACAAUGGAUUUGUUCCGUCAGAUCGAAGAGAAGAGUGAAGAGGAGAAGUUAGAGCUCAGUAUCUCUUACUUCGAGAUCUAUAACGAAGUGGUCUUUGAUUUACUCGACCCGACGUCCGGCAAAGCGCUGGCCGUUCGUGAGGACAGUCGCCGCGGAGUUGUGGUCAACAAUCUGUCGGUACAUCAGCCCAAAGACGCGAACCAUUUGCUCGAAAUGUUAGAAUACGGGAAUCGGAACCGAACGCAACACCCGACCGAUGCCAACGCCGAGUCGUCUCGUUCUCACGCAGUCUUCCAGAUAUCACUGAAAAAACAAGACUAUUCAUCGACUCAAGAGCUGUCGAUUCAGAUCUCGAAGAUGUCAUUAAUCGAUUUGGCCGGCAGUGAACGCGCGACCACUGCUUAUAAGACCAAUCGAUCCAAAGGUCUGCAAAGAGAGGGCGGAAACAUCAAUAAAUCAUUGCUAGCGUUAGGCAAUUGUAUCACUGCUUUGGCCUCUGAUUCCAAGAAGAAGUGCUCUUACAUUCCAUACCGCGGAUCAAAGCUGACACUCCUAUUGCGUGACUCUUUGGGUGGCAAUUGUCAGACAGCGAUGAUUGCGACCGUAAGUCAAUCCAACGUUCACUUGGAAGAGACGCACAACACACUGGUCUACGCCGACAGAGCGAAGGGAAUCCAACUAAACCUUAAGAAGAAUAACUUCUCUGUCGGUCUUCAGCCCCGCAAUUAUAACGGUUUGAUGGAAUCACAGAAUCGCAAGAUUACUGAAUUGAAUGAACAAUUGGCACAACUUAGACAAGAGAACCAAAGGCUGAGAUCUAAGAUGGAUACGGUUCCCAAGAAUGCUAUCGUUGCCAAAAGUGAUUCCAAUGCACUCUUGAAUGUCGUCAAGAAUUCUUUGGAUUUGCUGUUUGAGGAACGAAUCGAUUUGAGACAACGACUCAUGGAAUGCGAGUCUAAUCUUAAGAAAAUUGAUUUGAGACUUCUUUUCCGGAAGUAUGACAUCGAGAGACACAAACUGAUGGCUUCCGAAGAAUACGAUAUGAAUGCUAUCACUAAAGCUGAUCCCUUGCAGUCGCUUUAUAAUCAAAAACUUCAUUAUUCCGAUCAAAAGAGUACUCUUGAGCUGAAAGUAGAGGAAAAUGAGAAUAAAAUAAAGCGAAUUGAAAGUGAACUGAAAGAACAGACGGGAGAAGAGGAUUGGCUUAUUAACAGAUAUUUCAUCGACGAAAACAUGAAAACCGAAUUCAAUGACAAAUCGUUUGCCGAAAAGCAUUCAACAGAAAUGGCGAAAGAGAUUCUCAGCCGUUUGGAUACCAACGAAGAACUGAUGACUGAAUCAGUGAAACUUAACAGACAUUCCUAUCACUGUCUCAAUGGUAUGGGAAGACUGAGCGAAGAGUUAGGAAACGCUUUUACUUCUCUUUUACGCAAAGUUGAGGGCAAGAAGUCUGUCAUUUGGAAGGACGACAUCUCGUCUCCCGUUAUUUCAAAGCGUAAAGAAGUUGAGAAUCUGUUUGUUUUGCCCACAUAUUCAGCCAUUCCUAAGACACCGCAAGCAAACACAUCGCGAGCAUUGGUGUCCGUCCACGACAUCACUCCUUAUUACACGACAAACAGAACCCCAGAAAAGAGCACUCCUUUAAUGCCAAGAAAUACCAAUUCAUCGCUAUCUUUGACUUCGAGCGCAAAUAAGUCAACGAAAGUGGCGAUCGUUUCGGCCAAUAAACGAGUCGAAUGUGACACCGAUUACGAAAACAGUCCUCUGAACGACACGUUCACUAUUGGGAACAAAGGCGUCACUCCAUCGCCGAAUCGUAAGCCUAUCCUAAGUCGGGAUACAAAGAGAGGGAAGAGUCCAAUGACUCACUACAGAGGAAGCGCUCACAAGAGUUAUAACAACAAUCCGUACAGAGAAGGCAAUAGCAGUCGUUCACCGGCCGCUUAUAAGAGCCGCUCUCCCUAUCAGUACACCAAUAAUCGGUAUCAAAACGACUGGAAUCGCGACUCAGAUUAUAAUUCGUAUCGAAAUAAUGGAUACAAUAGUAAUAAUCAACAAUCGAGUCGACAAUACGGGCGCUCGAAUGCACCCAAAUCUCAACACUACCGCCCCUUUAGAUUUUAAAUCACUUCUUGGUUCUGGAAUUUCUUUUAAAUAUUCAUUUUAUCUUUUUUUAUAUCUAUUUUAAUCCAAAUAUAUAUUCUUAUAUAUAAACUCAAUUUUAAGCAUUAUUUUUAAUGUAAUUUUUUAAUUAUCGGACUCGCAUUGAAUCGCAGCUUUCGAG